UCACAAAAGGGCGAUGAGGGUCGGGUGGGAGGGUUCUCACGUUGACUCAGAAAAAAUUCAGCAUCUGAGUUGAGUUGAGUGUAUCUGAUCCCACAAUUCACCUUUUUACAUUAGACUGCGAGACCUUACCUCUCGGACAGCUGCAGUGAGAUUGUUGUCACUAAAGAUGCAGGGAGAAAAGGAAACAUUAGAGGCAGGUACCAAAGUGCAACCUGAUACGACGGGCCCCCUGACAGUCGAACAGCUGGCAGCUAUAGAGGAUGAAGAGAUGCUCAAUAAUAUGCUUGAAAAGGCUGUGGAUUUUGAGGAGAGGAAAAUGAUCCGCGCUGCUAUGAGAGAACUGCUGAAGAGAAAGAGGGAGCGGCGUGAUAGAGAGCGGGCGGUCCGAAUGGAGAACAUGCGUCAGCAGGGUGGCAAAGGAAAGACAGGUGCUGGACUGAAUAAGGACCAGAAAUCUGCUAAUGGUCCGAGUGGGUCUCAGUACAACGCACACAGGAUAGCUCAGGCAAGAUCAUUUUCUCCACCAACCUCUACUUCCUUUCCAAAAACUGUGGGCAGCCCGGCUCAGUCCUGUGUGGCCAGGGUUAAAGUACCGGGCAGCUCAGCAGUUGGGGGCCCAAAUACCAAAGAUGUCAAACAGAUGCUGCUGGACUGGUGCCGGGUCAAGACUGAACCAUAUGAGGGUGUGAACAUCCAAAAUUUCUCCUCUAGCUGGGCAGACGGUCUAGCGUUUUGUGCCCUGGUGCACAGGUUCUUCCCAGAGGGCUUUGAAUAUUGCACUCUUGACCCCUAUGAUCGGAGAGCCAACUUUGAGAAGGCAUUCAAGACUGCAGAGGUCUGAAGUUCAUCAUACUAAGCUUUUGCUUGGUGCUACAAAAAUUAGCCUAGACCUGCACUAAAAGAGAUUAGGUCCAAUAAAACCUCCCACUCAGGAAUAGACGGGCCCUUGGGGCCCAUAAGAUGCCUGUAAGUUUUGUUUCAAGUGCUUUUUUUCUCAAAACUUUAUUUGUUGCAUGGCUAAUGACUUAAGUGCAUCUUGUGUAUUUUGAGCACAGAUAUUGACACUUCUAUUGUAGUUAAUUACAUAUAAUAAAAAAUAUGACAUAAUACAAAUUAUGUAAGUAUUAUCAUCUAGUUCUUUAACCAUACAAGUACAAUGUCUGUAAAUCUGUAUCUGUUUUGAUUAAAUUAUGGGUGUUAUUUUCUUCCCACAAUGCCUCACCAAGUGCCAAGUGUUAUUAAAUGUGAUAAUCUUCA